AUGGAUAACGAUCCUGCUGAGCCCUUGCCGGCUGACGCUGGUCCCAGCGAUGAUCCCACGACUAUCAACGAGGGCAUCACUGGAGCCCGUAUUGAGCGUUUCCAGAAGAGCACCCGCUACGAUACCAGCAAGUACAACUUUGACGACUUGCCCGAAGCGGCUCAUCAAGCCCGCGAAGACCGCUUCAUCGAGUGUGUUAAGACCGUACUCGACCUUGCCCUUGGAGAGGACACAGCACUUCCACAGGCCAGCCCCAAGGACUCGAAGAAGGAUGAUGAACCGCACGUCUCCGAAGAGUCCUUCUAUUCGACCGUUCCUCUCGACAUCUCUCCGUUCUGCGAGUCGGUGCGCCUCCUGGAGCUCUUACCUGCAACAAGUCCGGAUGCACCAAUUUGCGCCAAGAUGAAAUGUCCCAGAAACUUUCCGGGACUGCCCAAGUAUGAGGCGCUGUCAUACGUACGGGGCUCGCCUGAGUCUGUGUGCGCCAUCACGAUCAACGACCAUCAGAUCAUGAUCAACUCGAACCUCCACGACGCCUUGAAGUACCUCCGCCGACCAGAAACCUCACGAAUCUUGUGGGUGGAUCAGCUAUGCAUCAACCAGCAAGACGUAGUCGAAAAGUCCCACCAAGUAGCUCGCAUGGGAGACAUCUAUCGCAAGGCCACCGACGUCGUCAUCUUUCUCGGACCUCCCACUGCACCCCUCACCUUCUUCAUGGACGCGCUAGCCAACAAGCGCCUCAUCGAUCUGCAAGACGAAGCAUUGGAUGGGCCAGGCAGCAUUCUUCAACUGGCAGUGGAAGCUGUCUGCGCCUUCUGCUCGAAUCCAUGGUGGACACGACUCUGGGUGCAACAGGAAUUCUACCUCGCCAACGGCGACCCUCUGUGGUACUGCGGAGAUCUAUCGGCUCGCACCUCUCAGAUUCAAGAGGAGCUUGUCCGACUCCGCAAGGACUUUCUCGCUCACCGUGCCGAGCUAGAAGACCGAGGCGUCCCAGACCUGAGCCUGGAACACGCGUUUAACAACCUCUUUCCCAUGGUCCUGGAACAACUGGCCCAACGAUCCAACUCCAGAGGUUCUCGUCGCUCAAGGGACAAUGGAAAGGGUACUUACCAGCCAAAGACACGGCUCCAUAUCCUUCCAUCUGUGCUAUACGCACAACUAGACAGAACCACCUCAGACCCGCGAGACUACGUUUAUGGCGUCCGAGAUCUCAUGGGCCCAGUAUUCAGCCAAACAGUUCUCCCAGACUAUUCGAAGAGUGCAGAGUAUGCGUUUGAACUACUGGCCGCAUGGCUUCUCCUGGUAGAAUCCUGGGCCGACAUGUUCUGGCACUACCCUUCUCGACCAGUCACCUCCCCUGAUGAUCCCGUCACUCCCUCAUGGGUCCCAGACUUUUCUCGUCGGUCUCAUAAGCCCGUCUUCGAGCCAACUCUGGAUAAGGCAAACCCCGGCAAGGACCUUGGACACAUCAGCUGUGCUAUUGUGGAUCGGGUACUGCACAUCCAAGGACGGGAGCUCGGCGCAAUAAAGGAGAUUGUUCUGCUGCCCGCUGACAACAGCCUCGCCUUGAUUAACGAACUUUGGCGGUUCGACAACCAGCGCAACGACAUGUCGACGGCUUUCGCCAGGCUUGGCCUCGUGGCCAGGACUCCAUCAUCCUCCUUCUACUGGGCCAUGGACCAUUUGACAGGCGUGGACCAGGCAGCUUCAACCCGUACUCGGCUCAACUUCCAGGUGGACGUUGCUGUCUUGUUCAAUAUUCUCGAGGAAGAGUACGACAAAGUGCGACGAGACAUUGACGCAAACCCACUAGUGGGCGAGUCCUCCGAAGACGACGGUGAAUCAGAGAACGCCUCAUUGUAUUUUCGCAACAUUCGGCUAUCCGGCAUGUUCAUCUUCCUCAGAGAUAAGGCUCUCGGAGACUUUGCAGGCUCCUGCAUGUUUGACUACGCGAACCUAGUAUCCCAGCUACAGGUCCUCGCGUUCCAAACUCAGCAAGAGACAGAGGACUUGGCGCAACAGCUGUUUGGGAUUGAAGAAGCACAAGAUGAGAGUUUGCUGGAAAUGCAACCUUUCUGUCUCGCCCUAGCGCGUCAACUAUACAACGGCGUUCACGAUGAGGAGAUACAGGACUGCGUGGUUCGUAUCCUGCGCAUUGCAAGAGUGUUCCAUGAGGUUUGUCAGCACCGAUGGAGCAAGCUCACACUUGAACCUCAGGCAACUGGAGAUGAGAAGUCGGUAGAAUACGACGCCCAGGUGAAAGAAUUGACCAACAUGGCGCGGGACAAGUUGCGCAAUCUGGACCACGUGUUGCCCAAAUGGGACCAGGAAAUGAACCCGCUGCAGGCCCUCCUGGACAGCAGAAACGUCACAUGUGAAGGACGGGUCUUAUUCCGGACUUCCAACGACAAGAUGGGUCUAUCGUGCCCUGGUGUUGAAGGCAUCGCGGUGGGUCAGAGGAUUGUGCAUCUCGAGGGCCCCAGAUUCCCAAUGACCAUCUGCCCUACCCCAUCCCCGUCGUCUGAUAAGCACAGAUACGGAAAAAUGAUCGGGCAUGCCAUGGUUGAAGGAGUCGAGACAAGCAGCGGCGAGGUCGGAAGUCAGACAGAGGGAUCGCCCAAGGCAAAGCUCAAGAUGUUCAGAAUACCCACUCAACACACCCACGCAUUCCAUAACAUAAUGCCCCGUCGCCCUACCUCCUCCUCGGCCCCCGUGCAGAGACGCACCCGCUCAGGUUGCCAGACGUGCCGCUCCCGCAAGGUCAAGUGCGACGAGGCCAAGCCCAGGUGCCGCAACUGCGUGUCCCGCGGCCUAGCGUGCAGCAGGCACCUGCAGCUCAAGUGGGAACCCGAGUUUGCGGCUCGUGGGCUGUCGUUUGGCAGGGAGGGCGUGUGGUGCAAGGGGUCAGCUCGGCCGAGGAGGCAGUCCCAGACGCAGCAUGCCCCCAUCUUGCUGGCCUCUCCGUCUGUUGGGCCUCGUCACUUUAUCAAUACCUACUGCAGCGACUUUGACCCUGAUUCGAAUCAUGAGCAGGGUCUGGGGGAUGAGACGGUUGAGCUCAGAGAGCAGGCUGACCUGUCAAGUUCGGCCCUUGUCUUUCGGCCAGAAUCACAUCCAACCUUGAUGCUCCCACCAUCUCUAUAUCCCACCCUCAACACAUCCGAACAAAGCCUUUUCCAAUAUUACCUACUACGGCUAUGCCCCCUCACAACACCAUCACCACAUCUAUCAUCCCCAUUCAUGAACCUGGUCGCUCCGUUAUUCACACUAAGCGGGCAGGAUCUUGUCACCCAGUCUGUCCUCGCCUUUUCCGCCCGGCAUCGAAGCAUCACAGACCCUCAAUGGACAAGAACCGCCAUGAGGAUCAAGGGCAAUGUUCUAAAAGGCCUGUUACAGAAAAUCCAAUCUCCCAAUAUUACAGCAGACGUCAUCUUGGAUCCUCAAGUACCCGCGGCAAUGAUGUUUCUCUGUCUCUACGAGAUAUUAGACAACUGCGAUCACCGAUGGGUCAUCCACCUCCGAGCAAGUCAAGACUUUAUGCGAAAGAGAAAACAGCUCUUACUACAUGGUACCGAGGAUUCCGGGUUUGGAAGCCUCGCAUCUUUUGCGGAGCGCUACUUUGCAUUUCAGGAUGUCAUCAGCAGGACCGCCUGUGGCAACUCACCACUCUUUGGUCUGGAAUACUGGCAGAAGCCGGACCAGCCUGAGGAUAUCGACGCUUGGAUGGGCUGCAGCCCGGCGAUGGCGUCUGUCAUCUUUCGAAUCACCGAGCUAGCAAGGUCGAGGGAUCGGGACGGCAUAUCGAAGCAACGCUUUGAGAGGGAGGUGGCAGAGCUGGAGCGGGAGCUUGCGUUAGUGAGCUCCAACAUGACAGUCAUUGAGGCGCUAGACGACACUGUAAGACGCUGCGUCGAGCUCAAAAAGUCGUCAGUAGAGGUGUACUUCCACUGCCUAUUACGCGACGCAGACCCGAGCACGUGGCGCGUCUCGCAGCUCAUCGCCGAGAUACUCACAUCCACUCAAGAUCUCGUCAAGCAAGGAUGCGUAGCAGGUCUGCUGUUCCCCCUCUUCGUCGCAGCCGUCGAGCUGAACCCUCUGGACGACGGCGCCAUAUCGAGCAGCGAUGAUGCCGGCUCGCAGACGUCCGGCAGACGUCUGGUUUUGGAAACUCUCGACGCCAUGGCCGGCGCGUCCUUGGCCAACAUUGAGAGAACCAAGGCCGUCAUUCUCAAGGUCUGGCGGAUGCGAGACUUGCAGGCAGAACACGACCAUGUAGUGACAGGAGAGCAGAACGACUGGCACACAUUUGUGAGCCCGUAUACUCAGAACCUCAGCCUGGCCUGA